CGCAUACAGCCAAGAACUCGUUUCUCUGACGAAUAGAUCACGCAAAAUAUUCAAAGAGUCAUUGUACAAAAUUUCUUCUUUUCACAUUCACAAUCGUUCCCAUCAUACAUUUCUUUUUACACACGCAGUGAAUAUAUCAUGAACAAAGAAUAUUCGUUUAAUAUAUUGUAGUGUUUAUCAUCGUUUUUUUUAUCUUAACGAAAACAUAAUAAAAUAUUUGACAAGUUUUCGGAGAAAAUAUUGAUCACCAAAAAAAAUCAAGUGAAAGAAGUUUAGUAACAUUAGACAAAGAGCACAGUGAACACUCCAAUGAAAAUGGAGACUGACUACUUUGUCGAAUCCAAUACAAAUUCAUCUGUACAGUUUACAUCAUUAUAUGAGCCGGGCAGAGUGAAAAAGGAGCCAUCGCCAACGUUUCAAAGUGAACGUGACUCAUGUUUAGAAUUUUUUAAUAAAUGGAACGAAUCGGAUCAGGUGGAUUUCGUAGAACAGCUAUUAGCUCGUAUGUGUCAUUACCAGCAUGGCCACAUAAAUGCCUAUCUGAAACCGAUGUUACAAAGGGACUUUAUCUCAUUGCUGCCGAAAAAAGGAUUAGAUCACAUUGCGGAAAGUAUACUAUCGUAUUUGGAUGCAGAUUCAUUGAAAGCGGCCGAAUUAGUGUGUAAAGAAUGGUUACGCGUUAUUUCCGAAGGAAUGCUAUGGAAGAAAUUGAUCGAGCGUAGGGUGCGAACGGAUUUAUUAUGGCGUGGUUUAUCCGAGCGUCGCGAAUGGAUUCAGUAUUUGUUCAAACCACGACCAGGUACAACACAUCCGCAACAUCCAUUUUAUCGAUCACUCUAUCCGAAAAUUAUGAACGAUAUCGAAAGCAUAGAAAACAAUUGGCGUAAUGGUCAACACAUGCUUAAGCGAAUCAACUGCCGUUCAGAAAAUUCAAAGGGUGUCUAUUGUUUGCAAUAUGACGAAAAUAAAAUCGUAUCGGGUUUACGUGAUAAUACAAUAAAAGUAUGGGAUCGCAGCGAUUUAAAGUGUAUUAAAACGCUAACCGGACACACUGGUUCAGUGUUAUGCUUGCAGUACGAUGAUAAAGUAAUUAUCAGUGGCUCAAGCGAUUCGACUGUUCGCGUCUGGGAUGUUGUAUCCGGUGGAAUGGUCAACACAUUACUUCACCAUUGUGAGGCUGUGCUGCAUUUACGCUUCAAUAAUGGCAUGAUGGUUACUUGCUCAAAGGAUCGCUCAAUCGCUGUAUGGGACAUGACAUCACCAAACGAAAUUACAUUACGAAGACUUUUAGUUGGCCAUAGAGCCGCUGUAAAUGUCGUUGACUUUGAUGAAAAAUACAUUGUAUCAGCGUCGGGUGAUCGAACAAUUAAAGUUUGGAACACAUCAAAUUGUGAAUUCGUCCGCACAUUAAAUGGUCACAAACGUGGCAUCGCUUGUUUACAAUACCGUGAUCGUCUGGUGGUCAGCGGGAGUUCCGAUAAUUCGAUUCGCCUUUGGGAUAUUGAAUGUGGCAUAUGCCUGAGAGUGCUUGAAGGUCACGAAGAGCUCGUUCGUUGCAUUCGGUUCGAUUCAAAGCGCAUCGUUAGUGGUGCAUACGAUGGUAAAAUCAAAGUAUGGGAUCUUGUUGCUGCCCUGGAUCCACGUACUCCGGCUAGCGCUUUAUGCUUAAAAACAUUAGAGGAACAUACAGGAAGAGUGUUUCGUUUACAAUUUGACGAAUUCGAAAUUGUGAGCAGUUCACAUGAUGACACCAUAUUGAUAUGGGACUUUUUGAACUACACACCGCCCGAACGUGCAGUUGAAGCCAGACGAUCACCAUCACCUGCUCUGAUGGAGCAUUAACGGCUUCUAUUGUCGCCAAUUUCUUAGUUAUCUAAAUUUUAAGAGAAAAUAAAUACUUCAUAGGAUCUAUGCGACCAUGGAUGAUGAUCCAAAUAUUCAGAUGUUUGCCAGAAGUUGAUGUGAGAUGCUGAUUAAAACGGUACUUCUGGUUCCAAUGACAAUGCAAUUUUAUAUUGCUACAUAAAACAAGAUUAGAAUAUGAUUCCAAAUCAACCGAAACAUAAACACAUCCGCUGUAGCCGUCAGCAAUAAAACAUUUAGCAGAGAGUAGGCAAUAGAAAAAACAAAAAAAAACGCAGAAAAAAAUAUGUUUAAAUAUAUUGUCGAAAAUCGGAAGAAAUUUUACUCAAUAUAAUCGAUUAAAUAGAACAGAUUUCAUUGUGAAAUAUUUUAUCAAUAACUUAAAUUUCGAGCUCGUAUUCUUACGCGCAAUUGUAAUAAAAUUGUAAUCGUGUUUUUUGCUCACAGUUCUUAACAGUUUCAAUCGUCAGUAUAAUAUUAUUCAUAACCAAAUGCAGUUUGAUAGUUUUAGGGACAUAAGAAUGAUAGUGAUGUUUAAAUUCGGAAAAAAUUCAAAUCUAUAAUACAAUAUUUCCCAACUCGAUGCAUCAUAUACAACAUACAUACAUACAUACACACAAACAUACAUAUACAUACAUUCAUGUAACAUCGUUCGAAGAAAAGAGCCACCAAAUGACUCUGACCAAAAUAUCCCGUCUUAGCAAUAUUGUAUUCAAUUUAAUUCACAUCCAUUUAUUAUUAUAUCAAAUUAAACGAAAUAGCACUAAAAAUCAUUAGUUUAUUCUAGCCACAGCCACACACAGACAUGCAUACAAAAUCGAAUCCUGAAUAAUAGAUACCAAAUGGCGUAUAUUUUGGCAUUUAGGGUGUAGAUAAAAGAUUGUUAGUGCAGCUGGCAUUUCUUAUACAAUACGAAUAGAUGAAUUAUAUUUGAAAAAAAGAAGAAGAAGAAAAAAAGAAUGGGACAACACGAAAUAAUUCAUUUUCUCUUGUGCGACCGAAAAACAAUAGCCAAGCGAAAACAAAUGUUAAUGAUCUCAUGAUGCACUCAAUCUUUAAGUGUGAGCCUAGUGCUAUCAGUUUCUUUAUGUUAACACAUAAAAUUGGGUCGCACAAGAAAAAUGUAAACAAACGGAACUAAUUAUCAGAGAGCAAAUCCGAACCGCAUUCGGUAUAACUUCGACGAUAUUUUUCUUCCAAAAAUGACUGUAUAUAAGAUUUAAAAGGGGGAAAAAAGAGAAAAAAAGAUUUGAUUCAAUUUUGUGUCAACUGUUACAUCGCUCGAUGACAAACACACUUGAUGUGGCCGUUAAGAGCUUUUAAGUGCGUAUAAUAUAUAUUUAGUAGAGCGACAAUUGAUUUUCCCUCUUUCAUUGAGAUAUAAUUUCUUGUUGAAUGUGUAAAAUUGUGUUUUUAAAAAAAAAUUAAUAAAAUAAAACAAAACCAACUUUUGAAAUAAAUACUACAAAUGUUUUAGAUAAGCAAA